UUUUCACCAAGAAUUAUAGUUCCCAUUAUUAUCAGUGUUCACUCGAAUGCCCCGAUCUUGAAGCACGAGAUUAGGUUGUGGAAGGAACAACAUUGGUCUCGACUGGUGAUCCAGCUCUUCUCGAUGUUUACUUUGACUUUUCUCCACUUCAAGCUGCUUUUGAAACCUCAAGAUUAUCACUUUCAAGGGCUCAACCAGAUAGUUCAUCGAAAACUCCUACCAAAAACAUUUAAUCGUCAUGCAGCUAUAUCACAAUCCCAACCUUGGCUGCCCAUUUUUGGGGUGGGACGAUAUCGAUAGAAAGCUGAAAGUCACGAGGAUACAAUAGAAGGAGUUUCUUUUAGCAAGCCACCUUGUUACGUGAUGUUCAGAUAGAAGGAUAUGAGCAGCUGAAAUGGGGUUUCCUGACCUCCGACAGGAGUCGGCGGACGCAGCGGACCUCAUUACGGAGCUCCUAAGCGGAUCCCCAACCAACACACCACAAGUUAUAUAUCUCCUCUUUUCCGACGACUGAAAUCUCAAGUCCAGUUACUUUACCAUACCAAGUCCCUCUAACAUCAUGCCUUCCUUCACAGUUACAUUCGACGACCAAUCGGCUAAGGCCAAGUCGGUCUCUUUCGAAGGUAUUUCAGAUAUUCAUAUGAAAUAUUCACGACUAACCUUUAAAAUCAGACUACCUUGAGCUCACAGCUCUCAUGUUUGACUGGGGUGACAGCUACGACGCCAAAGACUGGACUCGUCUCCGCAGCAUCAUCGCACCAACUCUUCUCGUUGACUACACCGACAUUGGCAAGCCAAAAUGGCCAGCGAUGUCCUCUGAAGACUUCAUGACCAUGAUUACCGACGAUGGAUUCCUCGGUGACCCUUGCGUCAAGACUCAACAUCUCCUGGGUGCCACAAGAUGGGUCAAGGUCUCCGACACCGAAGUUAUUGGCCACCACCAACUUCGAGCUGCUCACCAGGUCUACGAGGAUGCCUCUUUGACAAAAGUCAAGCUUAGAGGACACAGCCAUGCCACCAACGAGCACUACUACAGAAAGGUUGACGGCAUGUGGAAAUUUGCUGGUUUGAAGCCAAAGGUCAGAUGGAAUGAGCAUCAGUUUGAGAAGGUCUUCAAGGGAAGUUACACUGAGGACCAGAAAAAGCAGGCAAAGGCAUAAGCGAUUCAUUGCUUCAAUCGGAU